AUGUCCUACACGAUUGCAGGAAUGAAGAUCCCGAGCGAGCACCUCGUGCUGGGUGUGUUCGGUGCGAUCGGUGCCGCGGCGUACGCGGGUAUGAGCGGUGGCUCGUCGAAGAAGGAGAAGCCCUCCGUGGACAAGGUGCCCCUGAAUGCUGAGAGCGCCGAUGAGGAGGCCUUUAUCAAGCAGUUCCUUGCCGAGGCCGCCAAGGAGGACAGCAAGUAA